AUGGAUUCUGAUACAGUGAACGAAGAAGUACAAGUUAACCUGCCUGAACCACCAGACGAAGAAACAGAAAUAAAAUUGAGGCCUCUAGACCGAAUAAAGCUUCACCCUAAAGUUCCAAUUGAACCUUCAGCUUAUGGAAAGGGGAAGAAUUUUAGUCGACCCUGGAUAUUACAGGAUGGUCGAGAAGUACCAGGAGCAGGGAGUGAGAUGCGUCAAAGUUUCUGCGUACUCAAGAAACCACCUAAAACAGAAGGAAUUCGAAAACGCAUGUUAAAGGAUUUUUUCUGGGAGCAAAUGUUGGAAGAAGUAAUUGAAGAAAUAGCUACUUCUCAGCCAGUGGCCGAUUACUGUACGGAAUACGAAUCACAUUUCAUUAAAGACGAGUUUGAACCGCGGAAUCUUGAAGUCACUGCCGAUAAGAAUGGUGAAAUUCUAGAGAAAUUCCGAAGAUGCCAAUACUUUACAAAGCCAAUGGAAGAAAGAUUGGAUAAUGGCUGGGUUUUGUAA